AUGGUCCUACCAAUUCUGGAAUACGGCACUGUAAUCUGGUCCCCACACACCGAUUCUGCGAUAAAACGAGUCGAAAGAAUACAGAAAAAGUUCUGCAAGACCUUAGCCUAUCGUUAUGGGCCAAACGGUCUCUUUAACUCUGUAGAAGAUAUCAAUAGUCUUCAUGAUCGCCGCAAGAUUGCAGACUUAGUCUUCUAUUACAAAGUAGUCAAUGGAGUUACUGACACUCCUGACAUCAGUAGCUGCUUUGAACUAAUAGCACCCACGAGCCUACCAUUGAGAAGGAACCGAUUGCUUAAGACCACAACAUCAAACAAGAAUUAUGUUAUCUAUGGUCCACACAACAAGAUUGCCAAUUUAGUAAACUCCUUACAUAACGAAAUUGAUUUCUACGGUGGAACUUUAGAUACUUUUAUACCCGCUGUCAAACAGCAUCUAUUACGCUAUUGCUAA